AAAUACGAAGAAAAAUCAAUGAAGAAAAGUCGAAAAACAAACAAAUUCAAUUCCAUAAAAUUCCUGAUUCUCUUCGUCAAAGCAAUUCAGCUCAGAGCUUCUUCGCAUUCAAUUCCAAACCACACGCAUUCAAAAUCAAGCAUUCGAUCACUGAUUCACUAAUUCAGUCUAAUGAAAAUCUCGCCGUCAGUUAAAACCCACUAUUUGAGAAUUCCGCCGUACUGUUUCGUUGAUUCGAGCAGAAAAUUCAAUUACUCCAAUGGCGGCGCAAACUCCGUUUCUCGGAGCUGCAGUUUUCAUCAAAUGAAAGGCCGGAGAUUGGCAAUAAGCUGUAAUUCUAAUGAAAGCAGACCGAUUUCUCAACAGGAGCUCGAGAUUUCGCCGCUUUCGAUGGAAUUGGUGCCCAUUUCCAGCGAAUCCCAUUUCGAUCGCGUCAUCGCCGAGGCUCAACAUCUCGAUGAAUCCGUCGUCAUUCUAUGGAUGGCGAGCUGGUGCAGGAAGUGCAUCUUUUUGAAACCAAAACUCGAAAAACUAGCAGCCGAUUAUCAUCCAAGAGUAAGAUUCUACUCAGUUGAUGUCAACAGUGUUCCACAUAAGCUUGUUGUUCGUGCUGAAGUCACCAAGAUGCCCACGAUACAGCUAUGGAGAGAUGGCAAGAAGCAGGCAGAGGUGAUAGGAGGCCAUCAUAAAGCUUAUUUGGUAGUAAACGAGGUUCGAGAAAUUAUAGAAAAUGAAAUUAGUUAGUAAAAGAAAAAUUGGAGAUUAUUGACAGAUUCACCGGUGGCAUAGAGAUCCGACGAAGUCUGCCACCAAAUUCGAUGAUGGACUCUAUACCGAUAGAAUUUUUAAAAAAAUUACCGAUGGAUUUUUCCAUCACGAUAAAUCCCGAUUUUUUGUAGUGCCAUUUCUUUUUGUAUAAUCUUGAAUUAGUUGUAUUUAGUUUGGCUCAAUCCAAUUCAAUACAACUUCUAAAAUUAUGUGUCA